UUUUCUCUCUUUUACGCUCUUUCUCUUCCCCAAACGAGAGUGUCAAAUUCAAGGUCGCUCCUAGUACUGGCCCAUGCAAGUCAUACAGCUGAAUAGACUCACACAGCGAAAGAGCACAUAUUCAGCAUGAGAGCGGUAGAGAGAGAUUACGAGAGAGCGGCUUUGCAAGAGCGGUGUUUUGGUCAAUGCAUUACUUGCUCAGCAAGUGUGUUCCUCAGUUUGUCAGCGUAUGCCCUGCCAUGCGGAUGUGCUCGCGGAUUUAUUUCGUCUCGAACUACGGCUCCGUUUUCGACUUUUGACGUAAAGGCUGUGUGGAUAAAAGAAGUGAAUUCGGUUACGGUGUUACGGUUAUUUUCGCGCGUUUUUUUAACGGUAAAAGUGUUAAAUAAAGAGAAAAAAUACCCAAGGGGUAAAGGCAAAUUAACUGUUUAAAUGCCUUAAAACAGAAAGAUAAAAAGAUUGCAAUUAAGAAAAAUAAAAAUUCGAUAUUUUGCUUGAAAAUAACAAGCAAAACGGGAAAAUAAAAAAGUUCUUAAGACUCCGCGAAAGUUAUAAUUUGACAAAAUAAUAAUUCCAUAAAAAGCAAACAAAAGUCAAAAUAGUUAAACAAAAUAAUAGUUUUGCAAAUAAGAAAAAUAAGUCCAAACAAAUUAAAAAGCAAAUAAAUAAGAGAGAGAGAGAAAGAGAGAAAUAUUUAUUAUUUGCUUAUAAGGCCAAACUAAAUAUUUGCCGCCGGCAAAUGUUUAAAAGGUGUUAAGUGUUUCGUGGGAGUGAAGUUUCUAAACAGAGAAAAAGUAAAUAAAAAUAAAUAUUCUAUAGUGCAAAAGUGUGUGUGUGUGAAAUAAAAGCAACAUGUGUGUGUAUUAAAAUUGUUCAAAAAAAAUCCAAAAAAAUACCCCCGAAAAGUUCUUUAACCAGAGUUAACGAAACAUCAAAAGAUACCAAAAUGUGGCGUCAAAUCCUGUUUAUUUUGCCCACCUUAAUACAGGGUGUCCAGCGCUAUGAUCAGAAUCCCCUGGACGCCAGUCCUUAUUAUCGCAGCGGCGGUGGCUUAAUGUCCAGUUCUGGUACCGAAUUGGAUGGCUUGCCCCAUCAUAAUCGCUGUGAACCCAUUACCAUUUCGAUCUGCAAGAAUAUACCAUAUAACAUGACCAUUAUGCCAAAUCUUAUUGGCCAUACAAAACAGGAAGAAGCCGGCCUGGAAGUCCAUCAGUUUGCUCCGCUCGUCAAGAUUGGCUGCAGCGAUGAUCUUCAGCUGUUCCUCUGCUCGCUAUAUGUUCCGGUUUGCACGAUUUUGGAAAUUCCCAUACCACCCUGUCGAUCUCUGUGCGAAUCGGCCAGAGUCUGUGAAAAGUUAAUGAAAACCUACAACUUUAACUGGCCGGAAAAUCUGGAGUGCUCCAAGUUUCCAGUCCAUGGCGGUGAGCAUUUGUGCGUGGCCGAGAAUACCACUUCAUCGGCCUCAACGGCGGCCACACCCACAAGGAGCGUGGCCAAGGUCACCAUUAGGAAACAUCAGACUGUCGUGGAAAGUCCACAUCGCAAUAUCGGAUUCGUCUGCCCUGUGCAAUUGAAAACGCCGCUGGGCAUGGGCUAUGAGCUUAAAGUUGGCGGAAAGGAUCUUCAUGACUGUGGAGCACCAUGUCAUGCCAUGUUCUUCCCGGAAAGAGAAAGAACCGUUCUACGUUAUUGGGUUGGAUCCUGGGCAGCGGUCUGUGUGGCCAGUUGCCUGUUUACGGUGCUCACCUUCCUGAUUGACUCGUCGCGUUUUCGCUACCCGGAGCGGGCCAUCGUCUUUCUGGCCGUCUGCUAUUUGGUUGUUGGCUGUGCCUAUGUGGCGGGUUUGGGGGCGGGCGAUUCGGUGUCGUGCCGUGAACCAUUUCCGCCGCCCGUCAAGCUUGGCCGCCUGCAGAUGAUGUCCACCAUCACCCAGGGCCACCGCCAAACCACGUCCUGCACGGUUUUAUUCAUGGCCCUCUACUUCUGCUGCAUGGCCGCCUUUGCCUGGUGGUCAUGUCUGGCAUUCGCUUGGUUUUUGGCCGCCGGCCUUAAAUGGGGACACGAGGCGAUUGAGAACAAGUCGCACUUAUUCCACCUGGUUGCCUGGGCGGUGCCUGCCCUUCAAACCAUCUCUGUACUGGCCCUGGCUAAAGUUGAAGGUAUGUACUUACAGCAGCAGCUCCCUCCACACACCAUAAACUAGAAUUAUGACUAGUGUAAGUAAUGAAAUGAUCACCGAUUCGACCUGAUGGUCCAUUAAUGAGUUUACCCAACUGAAGUACGAGUCAAUAACAGAUUGAGAGAGAGAGAAAGAGACUACCAAAGACCGCAAUCAAAUCGGGAGAAUAAACCCAUUACCUGGUAUAGGAGGGGCGGAGCGGGGUUACUAAUCAUAAGCCCAUUCACAUAACAAUCAAUGGCAAUUUCUGGAAUUCAGUUCGCAGGAUUACUACGAAAAGCGUAAUAAACUCAUGAAAAAUCAGAAAUACGAUAAGUAUGUUGGGUUAACGUUCUUCUCCCACCACCCACUUCGGGGGUGGGUAAUAAAAAUUCCCUUGAAACCUCGAAAUUCUCUCAUUAAAUAAACAUACUUUUUCGCAAAGACAAAGGCCAUUCCCAUAUCGAGUACGCGCAUUCCAGUAAAAAAGAAAAAGAAGAGAAAAUAGAAAAACUAGUCUCAAACUAAGGCCGCGUAAUGUGGCUUGUUAGUACUAAUGAUGGGCUGUUCUCUCUCUCUUCCUCUGCCAUAUCCAUAUCAGCCCCCUGCUUCGGCGACCUUUAUGGAAAAAACGAAAAAAUAAAUUUUUGUACAUCUGCGAUAGAAGCUGCGAUAUGAGAGCCAUGGCCAAGAAGAAAAGAGCCUUUGCCUGCUUGUCAUAAAUUGCCAUGGAGCGCCGCCAACCACAACAAGUUUCCUUUUGGACUCUCGGACGGGACUCUCAGGGAUGGCAGCGUGUUGGUUAAGCUGUAAAAAAACUAAUAAGGGUUUAGUUUUUAAAAUAGCUUUUAAUAGGUCUUAAUUCCUGGUUUGAUUAAGGUGUUAUAUUAAAGGAAAAUGUUAGUAAAAAAUGGGGAAGAUUUUUUGAAAAAUUUGAAUUUUUAACCUAAAACUAACUUAAACUGUACCAGUAAUGUGUUCUUGCUACAAAAUCAAAUCAAUUUUAAGGCAAUUUAAAUAUAAUUUCAAUGAUUUUUUACCUCAAAAACCUAAGCUUCGUGACACCUUGACCAGCCAUCUCUAAUCCCCAGCCAGCGGACUCCCAGGUCCCACCAAAAAAAAGUCCACCAAGUCCGAAACAGUCCAUUGGAUGCCGACCGUCGCGUCCAGGCUGUAAAAAUUAAUAGCCAACAUAAUAAGCGGCAUUUUAUGACAAGCGUGCACCUCAGCAUACACACACACACAUGCAUAACUAGAAUCUCAUGGUUACAAGUCCACGCCUUCUAGAGAAGCGCCUCUUCAGGUUUUUUUCCUUUCUGCUGCAGCAUUAACGGAGUUUGGGGUAAACAUUUCUCAUAGACUCCACAAGGCAGAAGUCAUUAGGUGAGGGAUCAGUUCCGAGUCACUUUGAAAAUUACGCAAAUUGAAAGUUACAUCGUU